CACACGAGGAUCAAGUCGCUGAAAGCAGCUGAGACAGAAGUGAAGACAGUGAGUGUGUGCGUGUCUCUGUCACACACUGUGGAUUAAAGCAGAUUAUCCAGAAGCACGACCAGGACCAGGACCAGGACCAGAACCAGAAUUUGCCUGCGCACUUUAUAUUAUAUAUGAACAUUUUUAAGGACUGGAGUCUCCUGCUAAUCAGCUGAUCAUGGAGGCACAGUCGUCGUAGAUCAGAGUCCAGCGCUGACAGAAGAAAAGUGUCAACAGAAACCGGACAUCGGAGGAGGAGGAGGAGACCGGGACACUGGUCACCACCGGUGCUGAUGGGUGAGACAGAGGAUGAGCGGACAGCUCAGGCCAGCCAGCUCUUUGAGAAUUUUGUCCAGGCGUCCACCUGCAAAGGGACGCUGCAGGCCUUCAGCAUCCUCUGCAGGCAGCUGGAGCUGGACCCGCUGGACUACAGCAACUUCUACAGCUCGCUGAAGGCGGCGGUCAGCUCAUGGAAGGUCAAGGCUCUUUGGACCAAACUGGACAAGAGGGCCCAGCACAAGGCCUACAGCCAGAAUAAAGCCUGCCAGGGCACCAGGUGUCUGAUCAUCGGCAGUGGCCCAUGUGGUCUGCGGACAGCCAUCGAGCUGGCACUGCUGGGCUGCAAGGUGGUGGUGAUUGAGAAGCGGGACACCUUCUCCAGGAACAACGUGCUCCACCUGUGGCCCUUCACCAUUCACGACCUCAGGGGCCUCGGAGCCAAGAAGUUCUAUGGCAAGUUCUGCGCCGGCUCCAUCGACCACAUCAGUAUCCGUCAGCUCCAGCUGAUGCUGUUGAAAGUGAGCCUGAUUCUGGGAGUGGAGAUUCACGUCAACGUGGAGUUUGUCAAACUUCUGGAGCCUCCAGCGGAGCAGACUGAUGACAGCCCCGGAUGGCGGGCAGAGGUGCAGCCGUCCACGCAUCCCGUCUCAGACUUUGACCUUGACGUCGUGAUCGGAGCCGACGGACGCAAAACCACGUUAGAAGGUUUCAGUCGUAAAGAGUUCCGAGGGAAGUUGGCCAUCGCCAUCACGGCCAACUUCAUCAACAGAAACACCACAGCAGAGGCCAGAGUGGAAGAAAUCAGCGGCGUGGCCUUCAUCUUUAACCAGAAGUUCUUUCUGGAACUCAAGGAUGAGACCGGGAUCGACUUGGAGAACAUAGUUUACUACCGAGACAACACUCACUACUUUGUGAUGACGGCAAAGAAGCAGAGUCUGCUGGACAAAGGCGUCAUCAUUAACGACUACAUAGAAACCGAGCGACUGCUCAGUUAUGACAACGUCGACCAGGAGGCGCUGCUCUCUUACGCCCGUGAAGCCGCUGACUUUGGCACAAAUUACCAGCUGCCGUCACUGGACUUCGCCAUCAAUCACUACGGACAUCCAGACGUGGCCAUGUUUGACUUCACCUGCAUGUACGCGUCAGAGAAUGCGGCGUUGGUCCGGGAGAAACAUGGACACCAGCUUGUCGUCGCUCUGGUGGGGGACAGUCUACUCGAGCCCUUCUGGCCGAUGGGUACGGGUUGUGCUCGGGGUUUCCUGGCAGCCUUCGACACAGCAUGGAUGGUGCGAGGUUGGUCACAGGGAAGAAGCCCUCUGGAGAUACUGGCUGAGAGGGAGAGUAUUUACCGACUGCUGCCUCAGACCACCACAGAGAACAUCAGCAAAAACUUUGACCAGUACACCAUCGACCCUGCCACCCGCUACCCCAACCUCAACUCCAGCUGUGUUCGCCCACACCAGGUUCGUCACCUGUUUUUCGACGGCCACCAGGAUUCAUUUAAGCUGGGAAGGGGAGGGCCCACACAUCGGUCAGUCAACCUGUCCAGGAAAGAGUCCGAGGUGCGUCCCAGCCGCCUGCUGACCUGGUGUCAGAAACACACUCAAGGCUACAGAGGCGUCGACAUCACCAACCUCACGUCUUCGUGGAGGAGCGGCCUCGCUCUCUGCGCUCUCAUUCAUCGCCAGAGGCCCGAACUCAUUGAUUAUGAAUCUCUUAACGAGGAGGACGUGGCCGGGAACAACCAGCUGGCUUUUGACGUGGCCGAGCGAGAGUUCGGCAUCCAGCCUGUGACCACAGGAAAGGAGAUGGCUGCGGAGGCUGAACCAGAUAAGCUGCUGAUGGUCCUCUACCUGUCCAGGUUCUAUGAGGCCUUCAGGAAUUCACCAGUAAACAACGGUACAAGAGAACCAGAUGAAAACACAGAAGAUUAUUCAUCUAAACCGAACCAAAAGUCACUGAAUCAGCCGGUGCCCAGGAAGCGGAUUCCACGGGAAGACAAAAUGGCCGACGACGACUCCAACAAGAGACGGCGAAAAGGCAACCACUACCUCACAGAGUUGUCCUGUCACAGUGCGCUCCCUGCUGGCGAGGAUGGGGAACUGCGGGAGAAUAAGGUCCGCUCCAUGGCAACGCAGCUGCUCGCCAAAUUUGAGGAGAACUCGUCGACUGUGAAGACGCACAGCAAGGACCCUUGUGAUCCGUCCUCUCCUCCUCCUCUAUCUCCUUCCACCUCGCCACUUCCUCUCUCAGACAGCGAGGAUGAGGAGGAGGAUGAGGAAGAAAAGGAGGAGACGGACAACCCUCGUUUUGCAAAACCCAAAGACACGUCCCCUCCUCUUCCUCCUCCUCUGACCCCUGCCCGCCCCAAGUGGCAGCCGUCCAUCUACCUUCGCCUGCUGGAGAAUCAACAAACCACUUCCACCUUCAGUUCUCCUAAACCCUCUCUUUCUCCAGCGACCUCCUACAGCCGCUCUCCUUCCCCCUCCUGCUCUAGUCCUCCGCACUCGCCCAGCCCUAACCUUGCCUACCGUUAUUACCCAGAAUGCACCUCACUCGACCUCUCAAACGCUCACUUUUCGUGCGAUGAUCUUCCCGCUGACUGCUCGUUACAGCAGAGUAAAACCCUGAAACCUUCUGCUAGAGAUUUCUCUAGGAAGAGCAUAAAGGAGAGAGCCGACCUCCUCUCCUCCAUGUUUCCUGGGUCCAGCAAACCUUCUCCUCUUUCUUCUUCUUCUCAGUCUCAGGUGGAAGUAUCUACCUUCUCCCUUCUUUCUCCAUCACCUCCUCCUCAUCUUCCUGCCUCUGUCUCUAAGAGCCCCUCCAUCUACCCUGUGGUCCACCCAGUCCCUGACCCCACUGCCACUGCUGGCUUCUCCUCUCUCUCCUCUCCCUCACACACUUCAGGACACGGGGACAAGAUCCAGAAAGACUCCCCCACUCUCUCAUCGUACACUGACUCUCAUCAAACUCUUAAUAUUUACGCCUCCUCCACGUCCCACACCAAAACAUCGACUCCUCUUUGUGAAGAGAGCGAGGUGAAAGCACCUCCCGUGUUCAGCGCCGUCAGUGAAAAUGGACACAGUAGCUCGUCUUUACGACACGAGCGCGAGACGAAGCGCGAGAGCUUGCGAGCUGAUCGUGGAAAAACUGAGCGGGAAAAGGUCCACGAAACCGUCCCGAAGACAUUAUCUGAACCCGAUCACAUAAAGUCUAACGGGAUCUGCGUUCUUGAAAACACCAGAAGAAUGACUCGGAAGUCACUGGUUCGUUCUGAGAGUUGUCCCACUGGAGCCCCUAGAUACGUUAAAGAGCGCACAGUCGGGAAAGUGUCAUCAACCAUAGGUGCUAAAGCUCAGUUACUGGCCAUCCUCUAUGAGACUGACCACAGGCCCGAUAGCACUCCGUGUGUGGUACGUAAGGACUUCUCUGCCGGGCUCGGCGGCAGCGACAUCUGCCACUUCUGCACCAAGCGGGUUUACGUGAUGGAGCGACUGAGUGCCGAGGGCUACUUCUUCCACCGCGAGUGUUUCCGCUGCGACGUCUGUAACUGCACCCUCCGUCUGGGAGGACACACCUUCGACUCUCAGGAGGCAAAGUUCUACUGUAAGGUGCAUUACGCCCAGCGUCAAUCCAGUUUCCGCCCGGGCAGGUUCAGAGGGAAAAUGGGUGACCAAAUCCACACCACACCCUUGUCACUGGACAGCGGGAGCUUCUCAGCGACAGGCGGCGUCCAGACCCGCUCUCCAGGUGUGGCUCCAGGUUUGCUUCCACAGCAACUCGAGCAAGACUCGGAGAUGCACGCCGAAGCUCCGGCUGAGGACUCAACAGCGUCAGGUGGCGCCAAAGAUCACAGCUACGUCAAAUCCAAUCAUCGGUGGAGGAAGAAGAUUCGAGCAACCUUCCCUCUGAUGUUCAUCAAACCCUUCCACAGGAGUCGUCCUGUGGACAGAGACGGACCGGAGACCGUACCCGAAGCCGACUUUGAGGAGAUCACGGCAGCAGAGAUGGAAGCUUUGUCAGCAGAUUCUCAGCUUUGCCCCGAGAGAAGUGAAAAGAGAGCUGAAGAGAACCCGGCGGCGUCGCCUCCAAAGACGCGUCUGAAGAUUUCUCUGGCUCAGAAGGAGAAGCUGUUAAACUGGGACGUCGGCGUCGCAGCAGAGGGAACUGAGCAGACGACGCAGCAACAUAAAAACCAGGGAUCAGCAGAGACAGAUAAGCCUCACGCAGACUCCAGACAAACUCCGGCCUCUUCUCAUUCAGCGUUCCAGCUCAUAGCCAACGCCUUCAGGAGAACAUUUAGUGUGACCAGUGCAUCCAGCGGCGCCAACACUGCAGUCAGAAUGAGACCCAAACGUGACGUCCUCCACAGACAGAGACCCAGGUCAGAGGGAACGUUCAGCCUCACCUCCCUCUUCAGCACCGCGGCUCCGCACAGAGGCGAGGAGGCGUGUAAAGAGCGCUGGGCGUCUGUAGGGGGCGACGCGUGGGGGGCCGGACGGGACCUGCCCUCUCUGCUGCAGCAGGUGUCGCUGAAGAACCGCAGGGACUCUGGAGGCGUGUUCAGUGACGACAUGGGCUCUCUGCCGCGCAGGAGGCUCGACCUGUUCUCCUCCCUGAGGCUGAGGAAGAGGGAGGUGUCGGAGAGCGAGGGGAAGGAGCCGGACGCCCAGAAGGAAAUCAGGACACUUCUCACCAACCUCAGGAACAAAGCCUCCAGUCAACAAAAUGUGGAAUCGCCUUCAUCCAGCGACGAUGAAAAUGAAAACCUGCCGUACACUCAGAAGCUGUGUCCAGAGAGACAGAGGAGGAAGCAGGAGAAGACGGUGGCCCAGCAGACCAAAAGAGACCAACUGAAGAGACUCCACAGAGCUCAGGUGAUCCAGAGGCAACUGGAGGAGGUGGGGGAGAAGCAGAGAGACGUGGAGGAGAGAGGAGUGACGAUAGAGAAGGUCAUCAGGGGGGAAACCGAAUCCUCGUCCCUCGACAGCGACGAGGCCCAGCUCUAUCAGUCCUGGUUCAGACUCGUGCUGGAGAAGAACAGGCUGGCGCGCUACGAGUCUGAGCUCAUGAUCUUCGCCCAAGAGCUUGAACUGGAGGACGCUCAGAGUCGCCUGCAGCAGGAGCUCCGGUGCAGGAUGGCGACAGACGACACAAAGAAGAGCGCCUCGGAGCUCCAGCAGGAGCAGGAGAUCCUGACGGAGAUCAUGAGGACGGUGGAGAAGCGAGACACGCUGGUCUCCCUGCUGGAGGAGCAGAGACUGAAGGAGAGGGACGAGGACAGGGACCUGGAGAGUCUGGUCCUCUCCAAGGGCUACGAGCUCCACUGGGCCCAGUCGGACGACAGCUGGGGGGCGGAGGACGCUGCGGUGUGAGCGGGGACGGAAACCAUUUGUUUUAAAAGCAACAGGACGCAGUUUUUUAUCAGAAAUAAAUGUCCCUCACGGUCUUCAGGCUCGUCGAUGCUGCCUUUACAUACGCAAGGAAAUGUGUCCGACGCUGUAACCAUCACUGCCAUCCUUUCUUUUCACAUGGUUGUUAAGCAAUACAUCCACUAGAGGGUGGCGGUGUGAGAAGUUCUAGAAAUUAACCUCCUCAAAGUGUUGAAGUGCUAAAUUUCUGCGACACAGAAUUCUGUAUUCCAUUUUACUACAGUUUAUAAUAAGCGCGGGAAUGGCAUCGUAAUAUGAUACGCAAUACAUGGUCCACAAUACCACUAAUAUCGCGAUACAGCGAUUCUGUGACAAUCAAUAUAUUGUGAGACAGAGCAUCGCUUAACGUAGCUUUUCCUUCUUCAUCAGCCAGGUAACUUCCGGUCAAGUUCAUUUGAGCAGCGCCACCGUGAGGAGACAUGAAGUAGUGAAACCGGCAGGGACUAAACUACCGAUAUUUGCCCUGGUGUAUUGUUAACGUAUUGCGCGAUUAAGGACAACGGCAGCGACAUAUCACCAAAUCAAGUGUGAAGAAUCGGCGCGUUGUGACAAUUGUGACACGCGCGAUCGUAGCGGAUCAUUGCACGAGUGAAAAUCAUCGAUCAUAGGAAAAAGUGGCAAAAGUUGUGUUGUUGCGCUCGAUUAAAUGUCUCCCUCGUGUCCUCUGCUCAUCUCACUGCAACUUCAGCCCCCAUGAUCUCUAUGGGUACUACAACUAUGUUUCAUCCGUUUCCUCGUUAAAUUUACAGUAUUUAAGAAUUUAACAUCAGUAAACCCGAUUUCUUUUAAAUAUGUGCGAAAAUGUGGCUACAAACUCUAACGGAGGCUGUUUCGGGGAGUUUGGGGCAAGGGUUUUUGACAGGAAGUAGAACUUUGCACAUUUGUACAAAACAAAUUGGGAUUCUGGUAGUGACGGGAAGUGCGACUACACUCCUUGUCGGCGACUACGGUGGCAUCCACAUACCAGAAUGGAUUAUAAACACUUUUUCGCAACGACUCUUGGCCGCCACCAAGCAAAGUCCCCGCCCCUUAAGUACGAAUAAAACCCACAUAAUAUCGUAAAUUAUUUUUUUAUUUUAAGUGCGAUUAUAGGCUCGUACAUCAUCAAAUAUGCAGAGUAUAUUCCAUUUAUUUGCCGCCAAUAAAACCUCACAAUAUUACACACUGGACCUUUAAGGUCAUGUGUAAACAUAAACCAAACCUGCUGUGUCAGCGUUUUUACCUUCACUGGAUGUUUUCAUUGUUUGUGUCAUUUCUUUACAGAGUUCUGCUUUAUUUGUGUGUGUGUGUGUGUGUGUGUGUGUGUGUGUGUAACUCACAGUCUUGUCACUUUGUAGCUGUUUUUCGUGUCGUUAUAUAUUUGAUUUUUUUUCACCUUGUUCUGGAACAAUUAAGAGUUCAGUUGUAUUUACACGUGGACACUAAACGGACACUGAGGAAAUGUGGUUCUAUCAGCUUUUUUUUAACACGUGUCUGGUGUCUGUGACGUCACUUUUCUGCUGCGUCAUGGUCAGAAAUAUGACGACUCACAGGUUUCCUUUAACUUUAACUACUGUCAUGUUCAACUGUGAGUGUGUUUACAAGAGUCUUAAUCCUGCGGAAAAAGGAAUAUUAACAUGUUGAAAUGUGAUACUUUGAUGAUGAAACAUUAACAAAACACUAAUUUAUAUUUCAUGAUUUAAAAGAAAUGUGAUUUUUUUUCCUCUUUGUAUUUUGGUUUUAUCCUGCUUCAGAUGGUUUGAAUUUUAUUUAAAAAAAAUCUUUAAUAAAAAUGAAUUUAACACUUUUUAUAACAUUUAAAA